AGGGAGAAAUGUAAGACGGCCAAACUCCAACCGGAGAGGUGAAAUUCCUCCGCGCAGCGCGCCAUUGACUGUAAGGACCUUUCAACUUAAAAAAAAACAAAAAAAAACUCAAGUUGACAAACCGUCGGCGAGGAAGCGCGGAUCAAAUACUUUUUUCUGCAGGCGCCGUAGGAGCGGAGAGGACGGACAUGCGGCUCACGACGACGCGGAAAAACACCUUAGCGCCACCGCGUUUGGAUUUUUCGCCGUGUUUUGUGCCUUCCGAAUGAACCCCGCUAGUGGUCCGCGCUAACUUGUUCCGGACUACAACAACAACAUGGACCACUACCAGCACGACGUGGCUCUUCGUGCCGGCCAAAUGAUGGACGAGCUUUCCCUGUACGACGCUUACCGCCGCCAGGACGCCGCGGGAAGGAAUUUGGACUCGACGGCGACCGCGCUCCGGCAGCAGCAUCACACCGUGGAGAACUUCACAUCGGCGAACAAAGUCUACAACGCGGCUCCGGUGCGCCCGGUUCAAUGCGGCCGGACUGUCCCUGUGGAUUUCUGCACCCCGCAAAGGGAGGCGGGCUACGCCGAGGAGGGCUGCUGCAAGUCCGAGGUGGCGCUGCCCUGCUACACCGGCGCCACUGAGAGGCAACGGCGUUACUCGCUCGAAGUGCACCGGUACAGCACCGGCUCCGCGUUCGACGCCCUCCACAAGCCCUUGCCUCUGCCGGGCAACAGGUCCAACAGCGUGUGCAUGGACGGGAGGCACCACAGCCCGCGUUCCAGCCUGGCGUCCUCCUCCGUCUCCUCGCAGGAGCAGAGCAAGCACGCCAGCCCCCGAGCAAGCCUGGUGGUGGCGGUACCCGGCCUGGCGCACUGCGAGGGCUCCAGCGCCCUGAGCCCCAGGUCCAGUUACGCGAGCACGGCCAGCGACACCAGCAAACACUCGAGCCCCAGGACCAGUCUGAACAGUUGCGACUGCUGCAGCAAGCCCAGCAGCAACCGGACCAGCGGCAUCAGCAUGGGAUACGACCAGAGGCACGCCAGCCCCAGGUCCAGCACUGCCAGCCAGUACUCCUUCACCACCAGCCCCAGUCCAAGGUCCAGCUACUCGGACUCGCGCUACGGACCCCACGUCAGGGACGAUUUCGAGGGGGGCGCCCCGCUGGUGGCUAGCCCCAGGUCCAGCAUCUGCAGCCAGGAUGGCAGUGCCAGAGCUCCCGUUUGCGUGCUCAGUCCCCGCUCCAGCAUCUCCAGUCACAGCUCAAGGAGCUCCCGCAGCUCCAGGGGUUCCAUGAGCACCUACCCAGACCUGCAGCUACCCUCGCCCAGGGCCUCCAUGCUCGGGGGACAUGACGAGUCGCUCCUGCAGGAGCUGGGGGACCCCAACGGCGUGCACCCGCGCCUCCACGUCCAGGAGCAUCCCUUGCCCCUCGAAGUCACCUCCAAAACGCCCACGGCGGGCCAGAGGUUCAAGCUGCCUUAUCAAGUCACCCCGAGCCGGGAAAGCGGGCCCAGUCAGGCCGAGAGGCGGCUGGAGGCGCUCACCUUGGAGUUGGAGAAGGAGUUGGAGAUGCAUAUGAAGAAAGAGUACUUUGGUAUCUGCAUUAAAUGCGGCAAAGGCGUGUACGGAGCCAGCCAAGCCUGCCAGGCCAUGGGGAAUCUUUAUCACACCAACUGCUUCACCUGCUGCUCCUGCGGGAGGAGGUUGCGAGGUAAAGCCUUCUAUAAUGUCAACGGGAAGGUCUACUGCGAGGAAGACUUUUUGUAUUCUGGUUUCCAGCAGACGGCCGACAAGUGCUUUGUGUGUGGCCACCUCAUCAUGGAGAUGAUCCUCCAGGCGCUGGGCAAGUCCUACCAUCCAGGCUGUUUCCGCUGUGUGGUGUGUAAAGAAGGUCUGGACGGGGUGCCCUUCACUGUGGACGUGGAGAACAACAUCUACUGUGUCAAAGACUACCACACGGUUUUUGCUCCCAAGUGUUCCUCCUGCAACCAGCCCAUUCUCCCAGCUCAGGGCUCAGAGGAGACCAUUCGGGUUGUCUCGAUGGAUAAAGACUACCAUGUGGAAUGUUACCACUGUGAGGACUGCGGGCUCCAGCUCAACGACGAGGAGGGUCACCGUUGUUACCCUCUGGACGGCCACCUGCUGUGUCACGGCUGCCACAUCCGCCGACUGCAGUCCCAGGUUUCGGGGCCGCCGUCCCCCAACUACCCGCUCCACGUCACCGAGCUGUGAAGGGAAGGUACACAGUUGGGUUGAAGUGCCCGGGUCGGGGAUUCACCAGCGCUGGCUGGACCGGUCAGUCCCGGUGGCGGCCGUGUCGUGCCACCAACCUGCUUUGAGAUGUGAAGGCAAAGUGGGAGGCGACCCCCCCACCUGUAAACCCCGAGGUGGCCGGAGAUGCCGACCUCCCCCGCCAUCUCAGAGUCCAUCUUUUUUUCUGCCCACCUUUCCUGUGACCCCGGCAACAUUUUCACCUGCGAGGUGAAGCUUCUUUGCUCACCCCCACCCUCGCGGGAUGGACUCACUUUGCUGCUCCCACCCACCAGUGAGGUUGGUUUCACUUCAUUCAUUCCUCUAAAUAAAUAACUGCCGCUCAGAGGGGGCCACCGCCGGCCGGAGGGGAUAAACCCAACGCGGCCAUGUUGUGCCUUUCGAGCGCGAUCCUGGCGUAGCCGCUAACACCGAGAUGCGCUAACGGCCAGCAAGCCAACCUUGCCGUUAACAGAAAAGACCUCCAGAGAUUCAUUGUUUGCUCACAAAAGACGAGACUGUGAAGUGUUGCUGUCCUUGCCUCAUUUCAAUGCGAAUGAAAGACCAGGAAGUGGUUCGUCAAUGACUUUUAAAGCCCGGAGCUGCUGGUUCCGCCCGAGUUUUUCCAAAGGAGUUGUUUCUGCUGGGUGGCGCUAAUGAGCUUGGAGUUGUCUUUUUUUUUUUUUUUUUUUUUCUUGAUUGGCACUUUUCCCCACCUCCAACUUACAGUUUGUGCACCGGUGGCAGGACCACUAUGAGCACCCGGCUGUGGUUGCGGGGCAGCACAAGCAGCACCCCAAAAGCCCACCCUUGAUUUCUUCUGGCCUCCCCGGUAUGAAUAAUGAAUACAAAAUUAUGAAUCGUGAAUGCUGUUCAAUUUUUAAGGUCCACUUUUAUUUGAUGAAAUUUGGCUGGGAAACAAAUUUCUAGCCAUCAUUAUUGAAAGGAGGAAAAAAAAAAACUCAUUUAAAGGCAGGUCUUUGAUGGUAACUUCCUUGGCAGAGUUCCCGCUCAAUACUACUGACUCGAUCGUGUCCAUAAAGAACACACUGACCACGACUAACUUGACGCGAAUGUAACGCAAAUGAUUGUUUUGACCCGACAUCGCCUUCCCUUCAUUCACUUUUAUUGUUAUUAUUAUGAUGAUUAUUUAAAACAGUACUAGCACACGCCUAGCAUCCCUUGUACAUAAAGAGUCUAGUUUUGUAUUUUUGUCACACGGGAAAGAGAGGAGAGGGACGGCUUCUCCUCCGACUGGUUAGUUGCCAUAAAGCACAUGUCACAUGAUCUUUUCUAUCUCAAAUGUUAUUAUUAUUACCUAGAUGGUUCAUAAAAAAAAAAAAGAAAAAAAAAAGACUAGAGCUAUUUAUCUAAACCUGGGGAAAGAGAGAAAUUAUUUAAUGUAUUAAAAUCAAAUCAGGAUGUAUCGUUUUAACUGUAGAGGACAUAAUCUGUUAUUCAAUAAAGUGGUUUUGUAGCUAACUA